UCUGGCGUCGCCGACGCCAUUUUGCCGGAGCCUGCGACCGAGUGGGAGUGGAGUGGAGCGGCCGUUGUUGCCGACUCUUUCCUCCCCACGACGGUCCAGUCAGCGGGUUGAUUAGGCCAUCGGCCCUCAAGCCGAGACUUGCCUCUUAUUUAGUUCUGGGGAGCGCCUGGCCGACAUGAGUGAUGUAGAGGAGAACAACUUCGAGGGCAGAGAGUCUCGCUCUCAGUCAAAAUCUCCAACGGGAACUCCUGCUCGUGUAAAAUCGGAGAGCAGGUCAGGAUCUCGUAGUCCAUCAAGGGUUUCCAAACACUCUGAAUCCCAUUCUCGAUCAAGAUCAAAAUCCAGGUCAAGGUCAAGGAGGCAUUCUCAUAGACGUUACACUCGAUCCAGAUCCCAUUCUCACUCUCAUAGGAGACGAUCUCGAAGUAGGUCAUACACACCAGAAUACCGGCGUCGAAGGAGCCGAAGUCAUUCUCCAAUGUCUAACCGGAGAAGACAUACAGGCAGCAGGGCGAAUCCAGAUCCCAACACUUGUCUAGGAGUGUUUGGCCUCAGUUUGUAUACAACAGAGAGAGAUCUUCGUGAAGUAUUUUCUCGAUACGGACCGUUGAGUGGUGUCAACGUGGUUUAUGAUCAGCGAACUGGACGAUCACGAGGAUUUGCUUUUGUUUACUUCGAAAGAAUAGAUGACUCAAAGGAGGCUAUGGAAAGGGCAAAUGGAAUGGAGCUGGAUGGUAGAAGAAUUCGUGUGGAUUAUUCUAUCACCAAGAGAGCGCACACACCUACACCAGGCAUAUACAUGGGCAGACCAACUCAUAGUGGUGGUGGUGGCGGUGGAGGCGGCGGUGGAGGUGGAGGAGGUGGCAGACGUCGGGAUUCUUACUAUGAUAGAGGAUAUGAUCGUGGGUAUGACAGAUAUGAAGACUAUGAUUACCGGUACAGAAGAAGAUCACCUUCUCCUUAUUAUAGUCGAUACAGAUCACGAUCAAGAUCUCGUUCCUACAGCCCAAGACGCUAUUAAUAAACAAUGAUUGCAGUUGAGGACAUCUUUUUCUCUUUAUUUUCUUUUUUUCUCUUUCUCCUUUUUUUGUUUAAUUCUGGAUUUCUCCAAGCUUCUGACCCUUCCUAGUCCUUAAAAAGAAUCCUUAAAAAAAAACUUUUGGUUUAUUUAGCAUCUAUACUUUGUCCAUUGUAUUGCUGUUUUCCACCCCUUUUAUUGUAUUCUUAAAGAUGUAAUUUUUGUCAUUCUGAGUAGUUAAACAUCUGGAGUAAAAAAAAGAACCCUCAGUGUUACGCUUUUUGUAAAUGAUUUUUCUUUACUUUUACAGAAAACUAACUCCUGGCUAAUCAAAUGAGGAAAGAAAUGAUCUUUUUAAACCUUUUGUGUUAGAUAUUGUAUUAGAGAGGUGCAUUUACUACAAACUCCUUUUUAAACUUUCUUUUGGGGAAGUUAGUAAUACAAAGUAGUUCAGUCAUGUCAAGUUUGUCUGGGGUGGCAUGGAGCAGUCAAAUAGUUGAUUGUAGAAAGUUUGAAGCUAUAGAAGAAAAUACUUGAUCAUUUCUUUUGAAGAACGGAAUUUUUGAACCCUAAAAAUUAAGUCAUUUUUUAGAGAUGAAAAGCUUGUGGACUCCUAAAAAACAUGUUGUAUUUAAAAUACAUUUGUUAAAACUUACAAACGUAAAGUGUGAUUUUUGUGUUGAAUUUAUUGACAUUUAAUUAUUAGUGGAGGACAAACCCUUAUUUAUUAUUUAGAGCAGUUAUAUACUUUGCUGUUAGAAAUUUUGGUUUUGAGACAAUGGUUAAGCAGGCUAUUAUAUAAAGUCCUUAGAAGAUAGUGUGGGGGAAAGUAGUCUCCUUUCAAAUAAAAAUGAAUUUCUUUGAAAA